CGGGGUUCUGUGCGGGCUGAGCCCUCUGGCCUCAAUGGGUCCCCAAGUAGCCCUCCUGGUGGCGGCGCUAGCCGGCUGCCUGCUUCGGGCCCGGAGCUGUGUCAUUUGUGAUCCAAGGGUCGUGGCCGCGCUGGACGCCUUGGAAAAGGAAUACCUGCCUACCCACCUCGGCCCCGGGCGUCACAGACAAGUGAUGGAAAGGAUAAGAGAAACCGUGAGAGAUUUCCGGGACCUGCCAUAUUUAGAGGAUACCUUUAUGGGGGUUAUCGAUGAGGCCACAAUGGAAACGUCAGUCUUAAGUUUUCUGAGGAGUGUGAGACUUAUCAGAAACAGUGGUGUAGCAGAUGACACUUUCGUGAACGAGUUCUCCUGGAUGUUGACUCUGGAAAAGGCAGCCUUUCAGGGCUAUGUCGCUCGGUUCCAAAGAAAGGAUUUCUGUCCCAACAAGUGUGGUACAAUGUUGCAGCUUCUGAUCUGGUGCAGUAACUGUAAAAAGCAGCUUCACGCUUGUCGAAAAUCCAGAGAUUGUGGGGUGCUCCAGAUCAAUGUCCAUGAAACGGAAGACCUGAUCCUGGACUGUGAGCUCGACUGGCAUAAAUUAUCCCAAGGCCUCACCUAUUACAGCUUUUACAGGGUUUGGGGGAGCAAUCCUGAGACCUUGGUGUCCGAGGGGAAACGGCCCACCCUGAUCAAGCGACUGGUGAGGCCAGAGGAUGCGGGUAACUACCGCUGCGAGUUGGGCACUGAGCGAUCCGGCCCAGCCACGGUCAUCCAUUUUGAAGUCACAGUGUUGCCCAAAAGAGUCAUCGAGGAGAUCCCGAAAUCAAACCCCGGGAUCCAGUAUCAGCGGUUUCGAUCCCUCAAGCCGUCAGAGUGUCUGAAUCCCAAGGACGCGCUGAGAGGCUUUCUGUUCGAGAUGCUGAUCUGGGGCUUUGUGUUUCUGAUCAUCGGCUUUGCCGCCUCCGUACUUUGCUUUAGGUCUGGGACCCUGAUCGAUUCCGUCAAGUCCUGGGUCCGUGCCGACAAGGCAGCAGCCCCACAGAACGAGGGUCCCCAGAGUCGGCGGCAGUCACAGAGCCCGGUGUCACACAGUCAGCCUUCACAGAGCCAGGUUCCGAAGGUACCGAAGGAAAAGCACACCGUACCAAGGCGCAAAUAAAGAUUUAUCUGGUUGUCUAAACAUCGGA